AUGGACGAAUACCAGUAUCCGUUGUUUUUUGAGGCCAGAGAUCUGACCAACCAGGAGAAGAAGAAAAUCAGAAGAUACUUUCAGAUAAAAAGAGAUUCUGGAGGAGGGGACUGUUCAGCAAUUGAAAAGGUUGAAGGCAACAUCUACAAAGUCAGCUUCAAGGAGACACAAGGUGCUCUGCGUUACUUCCAAGGAGAUGGUAAAGUGAACAAGGAGCUGGUUGAGAGUUCCUGCCAGGUUCUUAUCUGGGAACAAGAUGGCAUUUACUCACCAACUGGGACACCCAAACCACAAAGCAUCAGCAGCCCCAGCAACUUUACACCCAGACCCACUAGAAGUCGUUUUCACACUGUUGGAGGCAGUGUAGUCAAUAACAUAAAUCUAGAAAUCAAGAUUAGCAGUUUAGAAGAAGACCAGGCAAAUGUUUUGGUGGCGCCUAUGUUCAACAAGCAGCUGGCUUCUACAAACGUUGGCAAGGGUUUGCUCAAGAAAGGUGGUAACACAGUUCAAUCAAAUUUUAUUGCCAAAAGGACAGGUUGUACCCUCCUGCCUGGUGAUGUUCUCCAGGUUGACGCAAGUGCAUCUUUGAGCUGUUCCAAGYUCUACUUUGUAGAGUGCACGCCUUGGGAUGGAUUCACAGGAAGCAGUGUACAGGCUCUUAGCAAUGGACUACAGAAGUGUUUGGACCUUUGUGGACAGCAGGGCUUCAGUUCAAUAGCCAUACCUGUUAUUGGACCCGGAAUUGUUUUCCAAUACCCGCUAACCAAAGCUAUUCAAGUACUGACAGAAAACAUUCAACAGUUUGGAUUAUCUGCUGGUUCCACGUCUAUCUCCACCAUUCACAUCAUCAUUAAACCUGGCUAUCCCGACUCUGAGCAGUGCUACUAUGAAGUGCACAAAUACCUCAGCUCAAUUAUGAACCAGGGAGGUCGAGCACUCUUCAGGUCCCUCACUAGUGACCUUGAUGAUGUCAACAUGACUGUAGGACGUGGGGCUAAACUACAGCUUGUAUUUGGUGACAUCACCAACGAGACCACAGAUGCUGUGGUGAACACGACUGACUUCGUUAAUUUCCACAAUGCGGGUGUGUGCAAAGAUAUCUUGACCUUAGCUGGAGCAGGGGUGGAGGCUGAGUUGAAAGCAGCCAAAGUGAACAGAGGAGAUGUUUUUGUGUCCAAGCCUGGACAGUUCCCCUGUAAAGUUCUUUUACACGUGUGUGGACAGAAAGACACAGGUGUCAUAGAGGAACUUGUGUGCAAAAUCAUCAAGCAUUGUGAAAAGUCUGGAUUUGCAUCUGUAGCAAUUCCUGCCAUCUGUUCUGGAGCUGGCGGAUUGGAUCCUGGAGAUGUGGCUGAAGCGGUCCUUCGAGGCGUCGAAAUUGCCACCUCCUCUGCUCGUCUUUGCAAUCUCACCACCAUUCGUCUCGUCCUGUUAAGAAUCAAAGUCUUCUUGGCUUUUAAAGAAAAAGCAACACAGAUGUUUCAUGUUGAAGCCAGAAGAGUGUCCAUUUCUCAGUUGCCUCAGACUCCACAGCAGCCAUCUUUGAGUGCGUAUCUAAGCUUGCUUAAUACCAGCACUGCGACUCAGCAGUCCACCUUCACAUUCCUGGGUCUUUGCAGAGAGGAUGUUAAGAAAGCCAUGGAAAAACUGAAGGAUCUGUAUAAGACACAGUGCUCUUCUCACACCGUUGAAAAGCAGCACCUGGUGAGCCUCACUAAGGAAGACGUGUUGGAAUUACAGCAGCUGAUGGAGAGCAAGGGCAUUUCCAUGCAAAAUGAUCAUUCUGGCAAUCUAACUGUGAGCGGUAUAAAAGAUGGAGUCAAUAAAGUUUUUAGUUUAAUUAAUACAUUUGUGCAUGGCAACCUCAUGGAAAAGGUAAGACUCAAAGAGGAGGACGAGCUGUACACACGUGUGAUGUGGUGCAUCCUGGGACAAAAUGGACACUGGGAAAGACUUCCCAAAACAGCCAAUCUCAACUUGGAAAAAGGGGAAAUAGCAGYAGGAAUACAGGAUGUCCAAGGAGUCCAGUGGCAGGUGGAUCUACAGAACAUGAAAGCCACAACACGUGUAACUUUACAAAGAACAGAAGUGAAACGACUUGAAAAUCUGCCAGACUUUAUUUUCCCUCUUUACUGGGACAGCAUGACUACUGGUGAGGCUGUGAAGGUGGUGGCCCUGCAGCCUUCCUCCAAGGAGUACAAGACAAUAAAGCAGGGCUUCAAACUAUCCUGUGAACAGACUGUAUUAAAGAUUGACCGUUUGCAAAACAUUUAUCUACGUCGCGCCUACGAGGCUCAGAAGCAGCAUAUAUCUGCAAAGAACGUCCUGUCAGGAGGAGCUGGUGAAAAGCUUCUGUACCAUGGGACGACACAGGACAACUGUGACUCCAUCAUACAAACUGGCUUCAACAGGCGSUUCGCUGGGCAAAAUGCCACAAUGUAUGGUGAAGGAACCUAUUUUYCUGAACAGGCCAGCUACUCUGCACAGCCCAUGUAUUCAAAACCAGCUGCAGAUGGUUCUCAGCUGAUGUUCGUAGCCAAAGUCCUGACUGGUGUCUACACUAUGGGACAAAAAGGGAUGAAGAUUCCUCCAGCUCYAGAUGAACAGCAGCCCCAUGACCGUUACGACAGCGUGGUCGAUGCAACCAACAACCCCAACAUGUACGUUGUUUUCCACGAUGACCAAGCUUACCCAGAUUACCUCAUCAAAUUCAAGUAAAAGUGAAAAAAAAAUAUGCUUUUGUAUUUUUAGCCUGAAAGAACAAACUUUAAAAAUACAAAACUUUGUAA